AUGGUAAAAAAGAAUGCGAAUGAGAAGAGAAAGGCAACGGAAUACAUUUAUGAAUGGUACAAAAACUUAAUUUUUAACAAAAAAGUAGCCGAAACGAAAGAUAUACGGAAAAUCACGAAAUGGCAAAAAGCAGGAAAAUAUUUAACAAAAAUUUCAUAUUUUGCAGAAACAUCUAAUAAGCCGUCACUUCGAGUAGUGCGGCGUUUUGUUCCAUUAUUGUUGCAUAGAUGGAAUGGUGGAGGAGAAGAUGCAGAAUUAGAAGAAAAUCGACUAUAUGCGGUGAAAUUAAUUAAUGCCAAUCGAUGCAUAGAAGAAAAAAUGACUGAAUUGGAUGAUAAAAUUGCAAAGACAUUAAUUAACAAAAUACAAUUUCGGGAGGUACGAAAUUUUUUGAAAGAUAUUCAUAUCGAAGUAGAGAAAAAAGUAACACAUGACAGGUCGUUAUCAAUUGGUGAGGAAGAUGGAAUGAAAUGGAAUUCUUUUGAAAUUAUUCUUUUUUAUUUACAAACAAAACCGGAAUACUUCGCAAGAUUGAUGAGUAAAUAUGGCGUGAACGCAUUGUCCGAUUUAUUCCGGAAAUGCGAAAUGCGUUUGAUGAUCGAAAAGCCAAACGAUGAUUCCGCUUUAGCAAUCCGUAAAGCAAUUAGCAAAUUCAUCGAAUAUAGUGUUUUACAUUUUGUUUAUGGCAUUGGAAAGUAUUGGUUAAAUUCAUUAAAUUAUGCUAUUACGAAAAUUAACGCUAUUUCAAAAUGGAAUUUUAUUAAAUUUAUAAUGCAAAAUCCGCCUGUAUAUAGUUAUAACACUGAAGAUGAGGAAUGGGAUAGGUAUGGACCAUACAAGCCUGUGCUUCAUAUAACAUUGCGUCAACUUCAUGUUAUCCUUCAGCGAUUUCAAAAUGAUCUCAACGAGAUAAUUCCGAAAAAUUCACGGUUAAACGGAUUUAUUACUGACACAUUGCUACCGGAUGAUAACAUGGAACAGUAUGUGACACUUCAUUUACAUCCCUUUAUAUCGGAUGAAAUUGGAAAUCAUGACGAAUUAUUUAGCAG